CGCCCUCGUGGUUCCCCCCCCCCCCCUCUCGCCAGGCCCGGACGGGCUGAGUUUCAUUUCCCGCUGGCACUGCUCCGCGGCCGGCGGCUCGGCUCGGCUCGGCUCGGCUCAGCUCGGCUCAGCUCGGCUCGGCUCGGCUCGGCGGCCAUGCAGCCCCAGCAGACGGACGUGUGCAUCGCCCUGCAGCCCCCCGGGCAGGGGCCACCCCGCGCCGCCCGCCCCGACGACGGGCAGCCCCGCGACUUCGUCCUCUGGUCCCUCUUCAACGUGCUGCUGGGCCAGGGCUUCGCCUACCUGGGCUGCCUCUGCUUCCCCGCCCUCAUCUUCUCCAUCAAGGCCCGCGACUGCAAGGUGCUGGGGGACGUGGAGGGCGCCCGGCGGUACAGCACCCGCGCCAAGGUGCUCAACAUCAUCAGCUCGCUGCUGCUGGCCGUCGCCGUGGUGGCCAUCGUCGUCAUCCUCGCCGUCGCGGCGGGCCAGAGGGCUUGACGCGCCGCCGCUCGCCCCCCGCUCCGGGCACCCGACCCGCUCGCUGCCCUCCCGCUUUUCUCCCCGAAAGCGCGCCGGCACCCCGGCAUGGACCGAAGAGCCGGGACACGGCCGCUGCCCCCCGCUCCGCCGCCGUAAGGGCCGGGAUGGGUGGCCGCUCCCAGCGCCCCGGCUGGGGCACCCUGGAAGGGAGGCGAGGGGCUCUCCCGGCCGCGCUGGUAUUUAACGCGGGCGCAACGCCGCUGUCGGGCACAAAUAAAGCUUCCCGCAAA